CGCAAACCGGAGGCGGAGCCGGAGUCGGAGUCGGACGUCGAGUUCGAGGACGAUGACCUCAGGCGAGAGAUGGAGAUGGACGCCGACGCCGACGCCGGCGGCGGCGGCGACGGCGACGACGACGACGCGCUCGAGGACGAGGACGACGAGCUCGAGGCUGAGAUGGCGGCGCUGGAGAGCUCGCGACGCGAGCGCGGGUACAAGAAGCUCGAGAACAGGGCGUUCGUGAACAACAAAGAGGGACUCCGCGCGUCGCUCGACGACUUCCAGUGGACGAAGAAAGCGAAGUGGAUCGACCACAUGGUCGUCGCCGGGACGAAGACCGCGGAGACGCUCGCGGACGUCAACGACGAUCUCGCGCGCGAGACGCACUUCUACGAGCACGCGCUGCGCUCCGCGGAGGUGGCCAUAAAAAACCUCAAAGAGAUCGGCGUCGCCGUGAAGCGCCCCGACGACUUCUACGCCGAGAUGGUCAAGUCCGACGAGCACAUGAAGCGCGUGCGCGCGGAGCUGAUAUUCGAGCAGACGAGCCAGGAGACGAGGGAGGAGCGGCGCAAGGCGCGGGAGCAGAAGCGGUACGGGAAGCAGGUGCAGGCUGAGAAGAUCAAGGAGCGGACGCUCAAGAAGAAGGAGAGCAUCAAAAAUUUGGACAAGUGGCGGAAGCAGAGGAAACAGAACGGGUUCGCGGACGACGGGAAGGCGCCGGACGGGUUCGAGGACGCGCCGAGACAAAAAGAGAGGGGGGGGUCCAGAGGCGGCGGCGGGCAGCACGGGCGGUCCACGCCGGAGUCGCAGAAGAAGCGCGAGUUCAAGAACGAAAAGUUUGGCUUCGGCGGUCGCAAGAGGGUACGUCGUCGUCGUCGUCGCGCGAACGGUCGCACUUCUGCCGUUUUUUUUUCGUUUCGUUUCGUCACGUUCGCGACUUUUCCCGCUCGAAUCGACUCGAAACUCGAGACUCGAAACUCGAUCGAUCAUAGGCGGGCUCAAGGGGUGCUGCCCGCAUCCCUUGAAGCCUGGCGAAAGGGGCACCUUCUCCUCUACGGUGUAUAUCCCGCGCUAAAACGCCUUAAAGUACCGCCGGCGGUCGUAGGCUCUCUCGGUCCCUGGCGCGCGUUCGCGCGCGCACACAUCGAGAGAGCCUCCCGUCACGCGCCGCGCAUAUUCCAUUGCCUGGGCGAGCGACGUCGUCGCCAUUACGCCUCUGGACAGACCAUGCUCGUGCUAUUCGACCCGACUCGGUUCCGUCGCCGCCUCCUCGAAACUCGAAACGCGCGGGCGGCGCUCCGUCCUGACGUUCUCUCUCCUUCUCCUUCUCCUUCUCUUCGCAGAUGAACAAGCAGAACGACAAGCAGGGCCUGCAGGACAUGAGCUCGUACAAGCCCGCGAACUUCGACGCCGGGUUCAAGGCUGGGAAAGGAUGGGGCGACAUGUCGG